GAUGGAAAGUGUUCACAAGCCCUUCAAGAAAGCGUGUGGAGCUUCCAGUUGUGUGUACAAUCCAGAAAAACACUGUUUGACCUUAAUA